AUGCUAGAACGUCAAUUACGUGAUCGGUUUGCAACGGGUCUCAACCAUCCCCGACUUGAAGUGGAAUUGAAACAAAGGUGGCCAGAGCUAAAAACAUUCGAUGAUAUUGAAGGCAUAGAAAACGAAGUGUCGUUCGCGGAAGUUUUCAAAAUAGCGCUAUCAAGAGAGUUGGCGGAAAAAGACAUUGUAGAAAGUGAAUGCGCGGAAGUGAAAAAAAUAGUAAAGCGUCGUGCGAAAAUCGGUAAGCGGAUCCGAAUUUUGUCGGAAGAACAAUGUUUAAGAUGUGGUGCGCGUGAAAGACAUUCAAAAGACAACUGCAAGGCGGCGAAUCACAAUUGUGAAGCGUGUGGCAAACCUGGACAUUACGGGUCGUGCUGUAUAAGAAAAGGCAGAGCUAAAUUGAUCGUGAGAGACAAAAAGAAACAACAGCGUAUUUACAACGUAAAAAAUAGUGAUACAUCUAUUUCGAGUUGUGAGCAAGUUUUUAAAGUAAUGAGUGCCAUUGCUAAGAAAAGAAACAUUGACGUUAAGAUAAACGGUGUCACGUGUACGAUGGACUGGGAUCCGGGCGCGUCAGUUUCCAUUAUAAGUAAAGAUUUUUGGAAACAGAUCGGAUCACCAACGCUUAAAGGGAAGCCAAAACUACGGGCUUAUGGCAAUUUCGAUUUACCUUGCCAAGGGGAAGCUACAGUGACAGUGACGCUGAACAAGCGAACGCGAUCUUUGAAAGUAGUCGUGGUGGACAACGCGAAUCCAAUGUUAUUUGGCUUAGAGUGGAAUGAAGCCUUCAAUUUGCCACUGCCCGAACCAGUGUACAACGUAGAUCGUGUCAACAACCACGUGCAGCCGACAACGAAACCACUGCAUCAGAACUUAAAUGACAUAUUGGAAGAGAACAAGCAGCUAUUCGAAGAAGGACUGGGAAAAAUAAAUAACUACCAAGUUAAAAUUCACAUAAAGGAAACAGCAACACCAAUACAUAUUCCAGCCAGGCCAGUUACAGCAGGAAUAAUCUCAUCUGUUGACCCCAACGAAACACCAAUCGAAUGGGCAACACCCACUGUCAACGUGGUUAAACGGAACGGAAAUAUACGUAUUUGUGGUGAUUUUCGUGUUACACUGAAUCCAGCACUAGUAACAAUACGACAUCCAGUACCAACAUUCGAAAACAUCCGUCAGCAGCUUGCCAAGGGUGAGAAGUACACGAAAUUAGAUCUACGCGAUGCCUAUCUACAAUUCGAGAUUAGUCCAGAGUCAAGAAAAUACCUAAUGAUAUCCACACACAAAGGGUAUUUUCAGUAUAACCGUAUGACUCCUGGUAUAUCGAGUGCACCCGGAACAUUUCAAAAUUAUAUAGAAAAUCUACUUGCUGGCAUACCCAACGUUGCAAUCUAUUUCGACGACAUAGGCAUUACAGGUCCAGAUGAAGAUAGCCAUCUAAGAUCAUUAAGAGAAGUUUUUAAACGUCUGCGUGAAGCUGGUUUUCGUAUCGAAAAGAACAAAUGUAGCUUUUUUCAAGACAGUAUCGACUAUUUGGGCCAUCAAUUCAACCGAAAAGGGAUCUAUCCAGUGGAAGACAAGCUGAUAGCAAUAAAAAAUGCUGCAAUACCCACUAACAAGAAGGAGUUACGAUCCUUUCUGGGAUUGGUCAAUUUUUACGAGAAAUUCAUACCCAACUUACAUGGAGCAUGUUCCGAACUACACGCAUUAACUGGUACAAAGUCGCAAUGGCGAUGGUCAAUAACGGAACAGAAACAACUUGAUAAUGUUAAACAUAUGAUAGCUAGCGCCCGUCAUCUAACUCCUUACGAUCUCACAAAACCGCUUUAUUUGGCAACAGACGCAUCCGAUGUAGGCCUUGGUGCUGUUUUAUAUCAUCAGGACGAGGCUAACAACGAGUUACCUAUCGCCUACGCGUCACGAAAAUUGAUCGAAGCAGAACAAAAAUACGCUACCAUUGACAAGGAGGCAUUAGCAAUAUUUUUCGCCGUGAAGAAAUUUGAUCCAUAUUUACGUGGGACAAAGUUUACAUUAAUUACGGAUCACAAGCCGCUUCAACACCUGUUGGGAGACAAACGAAAUUUGCAAAAAAUCGUAAACAACCGUCUGACGAGAUGGACACUAAUGUUAGGUGCAUACAAUUACGAUAUACAGUAUCGUCAAGGCAAAUACAAUAUUCUAGCUGAUUGCUUAUCACGCUUACCAAACGCACAUGAAGCAAUUUCGGAGGAAGCGCAGAAGAUUCAUAAAAUUUAUGCAGUAAUUCAAAUACGGAAGCUUGAUGAUAUUGUACUAACAGAACAGGAACUUAGGAAGCAGACGAAACAUAACCUAAUAUUACGACGAGUAAUUGAGUUAAUUGAGCGUCACUGGCCAGACACGAAGUGUGUCAACAACGAGCUGAAACCAUACUACGAUAAACGGGAGGAACUAUCAUACGAAAACGGUAUUUUGAUGUGGCAAGGACGAAUUAUCGUGCCCGAUAAUCUUCAAGAAGUAACAUUGAGGCAUCUUCAUAGAGGGCAUCCAGGCAUUGGCUCUAUGCGUGCGCCAGCGAGGUACUAUGUAUGGUGGCCGAACAUCGACAAGGGCGUGGAAUAUACAGUGAAAUCAUGCAUGGCAUGUCAACGUCAACGCCCAAAACAAUCUGAACUGCCAAUCUACUUUUGGUCCCUGCCAGAGCAUUGUUGGCAACGACUGCAUGUGGACUUUGCAGGUCCCUUCGAAGGAAAAAUGUGGAUUGUGCUUGUUGAUGCUUUAUCAAAGUGGGUAGAAGCAGAUGUACUUUAUGCUGCCACCACAAGAACUUUGUGCGAAUUCCUAGAGGAGAAGUUUAUAACAUUUGGUUAUCCGGAAAUUAUCGUGUCGGAUAAUGGUAGUCAAUUUACGUCAGAAGAGUUUCGAAAUUAUUGUCAAAGUCAUGGAAUAAAACAUGUAACGUCUUCACCGUACCAUCCGAAAACCAACGGACUAGCCGAACGAUUCGUACGAACAUUUAAGGAGCGCAUGAAAGCCAGUGAAUAUGAUGGUUUAUCACAACGUCAGCGCUUGCGCACAUUUCUAUUUACAUAUCGAAACACACCACACUCCUUUACAGGGAAGGCACCAUCUGAAUUUUUGCGAGGUCGACGCCUGCGAACUUUAUUUGACAAUCUGAAGCCUAAUGUACGGCGAGAGAUGCAUUUUAAACAUGUAAAACAAAAUCUUCAAGCAGAGCAGUCUAACAGAAAGUUCCAACCAGCACAACCAGUAUUCGUAAAGACAGACAUCGAGAAAAUGUGGGAACCAGCCAACAUAGUCGAAAGAACAAUAUUCCUACAAAGGACGGUGUAG